AUGGCUGAGGUGGACUUAUCAGAGAGCAAUGGCAAUGCUCUCGUAGCCACCGCCAUCACAUUCCUUAUCCUCUCUUGGCUUUCUGUUCUUCUCAGAUGCUAUGUUCGUGCUUUCAUGACCAAGGGUUUCCAAUCAGAUGACUGGCUCAUGCUUGUUGCCCAGGCGGUCUUCACUCUUUCCUGCUCAUUCAUUCUCGUUGGCGUACAAGAUGGCCUGGGGCACCAUAAUCGAGCUCUGCCGCAGAAGAAGGAGGUCUCUGCGUUAAAAUAUCAAGCCUUGGCGACGGCUACAUAUGUCCUCGACAUGUUGUUCAUCAAGCUGAGCAUCGGCUUCUUCCUUCUGCGUCUGUCCAACUCCAAGGUCUACAACUGGAUCUUGUACAUCAGUCUCGCCAUUGUCACUAUAUGGAGUACAGUAAUCUUCUUUUGGAAUAUCUUUCAGUGUUCCCCUGUAGAGGCACAGUGGGAUUACGCUAUUCCCAACUCUCGUUGCGUCUCGCCGAAUGACGUUGUGGCCGCGGCAUACUCCAUCAGUGUCAUGACCAUCUUAAGUGACUGGCUAUAUGCUCUGCUUCCAAUUCCUAUGAUCUGGAACGUCAAAAUGACAAAACAGGCAAAGGCUACCGUCAUCGUAAUUCUUGGCCUGGGAAUCUUGUAA